UGUGUUGUCUUCGUCGCUUCACUUCUAAAUUGUGCUUUCAAGUUUCAACUGAACUAUGGAGUCCAACGGCGGCGACGCCUCCGUAAUUCACCGCGAAAUCGAGAAACUUAAGUCAGAUAAGCUCGAUAUAGACCGGCGAAUUUCAGCUCUAGAAGCUCAGCUUCGCAUCGUCAAGGAGAAGGACGAUACCAAUUCGAUCUCUUCGUUUCAAUCAAAAUCGAAUGGCCUCGAAUUAUCCUUUGAUCAUGGCUUAUCAUCUGAUAUGAUUUACAGAUACAGUCGCCACCUCAUACUUCCUUCCUUUGGCAUUCAAGGGCAAUCGAAUCUUUUGAAGUCUUCGAUUUUGGUCAUUGGAGCUGGAGGACUAGGCUCCCCUGCUCUAUUAUACCUUGCCGCCUGUGGCGUGGGGAGGAUAGGAAUAGUUGACCAUGAUGUAGUUGAGCUUAACAAUUUACACAGACAGAUUAUUCACACAGAAUCAUAUAUUGGACGAUCAAAAGUCGAAUCUGCUGCUGCAGCUUGCUAUGCGAUUAACUCUUCUUCUAAGAUUAUCGAACACAGAGAAGCUUUCCGCACAUCGAAUGCAUUGGACAUUGUCAGCAAAUAUGAUAUAGUUGUCGAUGCCACAGAUAAUGUACCUAGCCGUUACAUGAUAAACGAUUGUUGUGUGGUACUUGGAAAGCCUCUUGUCUCUGGUGCUGCUAUUGGAAUGGAAGGGCAGCUUACUGUUUACAAUUACAAUGGAGGACCGUGUUAUCGAUGCUUGUUUCCAACUCCGCCACCAACAACAGCAUGUCAAAGAUGCUCGGAUAGCGGAGUACUAGGAGUUGUUCCUGGCAUAAUUGGCUGUCUACAAGCCCUAGAAGCAAUAAAGAUUGCCAGUAAUAUCGGUGAACCCCUCUCGGAGAGGAUGCUGCUUUUCGAUGCAUUAUCAGCUCGGAUGCGUGUGGUUAAGAUCAGAGGGAAGUCACUACACUGUCAAGGUUGCGGAGAAAAUACAACUUUCAACAGAAACCAAUUUCGAGAAUUUGAUUACGAGAAAUUCACGCAGACUCCUUUCACCACAAUUCCAUUGAAGUUAAACUUACUCUCUGAAGAUGAUAGAAUAAGUUGUAAAGAAUACUAUGAAAGAUUUACAAAAGGAGAAGAACAUCUACUGGUUGAUGUAAGACCAGCACACCAUUAUAAGAUAGUUUCUCUUCCUCGAUCGAUCAACAUCCCAUUUGCGAACAUUGAAGCUAGACUGCCCGAGAUUUCUUCAUCUUUUAAAAAUGAAACUGGUUCGGUUCAUCCUCUUUCUCUGUAUGUUAUGUGCAGAAGGGGCAAUGAUUCUCAAAGGGCUGUUAAGUAUCUUCAUGAAAUGGGGUUCAAUUCCGCUAAAGAUAUUGUUGGGGGAAUUGAGGCGUGGGCUCGUGAGGUUGACCCGAGUCUUCCUACUUAUUAAGGUUCAUGUUCGCCUUGACAUUCGACUGCACUAUUAAAGAUGUUUAGAUUUGUAAUUCUGGAUAUGAUUUAUGUUUCUCUUUUUGUGUUGAAUUGAAAAUAAAUUGUGAUUUUGAAACACUAGAUAAUC